AUGGACUCAAGAUUGGUCUGUCUAAUUUUGUUUGCUGUCAUCCAUAACAGUUGUAGCGGGCCCCAUCCUAGCAAUGGGUUACGGGAAUGCCGCAAAACCCUCAGCCCUCUGAAGGUCUUACCUGGUGGGGGCUGGGACAAUCUUCGGAACUGGGAUAUGGGUCGAGUCAUGAAUUUCAGUUACUCCCAGUGCAGGACCACUGAAGACGGUGUAUAUCUUAUUCCAGACGAGGUUUUUGUCAUCCCGCAGAAGAUUACCACCGUGGAGAGAAGCUCAGAUGUUUUUGAACACUGGCUAAAUCACACCAGCUCAACCUCACAGACCAUCAAUGCUGAUGCUUCUUUCUUGUCAGAGCUCAAUGGAAAGUUCUCCUCUGACAGUCAACGAACCAAAACCUAUCAAGUGCGGGACAAAGCUGUGAUAUCUCGUUCACAGGUGAGAAACCGUAUGUACACAGUGGACACCUAUCCUGACUUCACCCUGGACUCGCGCUUUAUAGAGCAAGUGAAAGAAAUAGCAGACGCACUGUUAAAGAACAACACUCGACGUGCAACAUUCCUCUCGGAGAUGAUGGUGGUUGAUUAUGGUACUCAUGUGAUCACCUCAGUGGAUGCAGGCGCUAUUCUGGAGCAGGAAGAUUACGUUGAAUCAAAUUAUUAUUAUUAUAAUACAACUGAAAAAACUCAACUGUCUAAUACGGCUGGCUUAAACUUUUUCAAAAUCAUUAAGUUUGACAUGGACACCAAAGAGAGUCGAGAGUCAUCUGAGACUAUCUCCUACAAGACCCACCUCACACACUCACUCACACAAAGCCACGGGGGGCCCGUAUUCUACCCAGGGAUCACUUUGAAGACCUGGCAAGAGAGCACGCUAAACAAUCUUGUUUUCAUAGACCGAUCAGGUCUCCCUCUGCACUACAUUCUGAACAGAGCAACUCUGCCAGACCUUCCAGACACCAUCAUAGAGAGUGUGGCCCAGUCUGUGCACAACGCCAUACAGCUCUACUACGACGUUAAUAAACGACCAGGAUGUCUAGACCGCAGUUCGGCAAAUUUAAAUUUUCAAGCUAAUGUCGAUGACAACUCUUGUUUAGGGCAAGCGACCGGUGGCUUUGGUGGUAUUUAUCAAAUAUGUACCCCACUCACCCCAGACGCAGCUCUAGCUUGUGUAGGGCAAAAUCAGACUAAUCCUGCCACUAGGGCCUACUCAUGCGGUGAGCCUUAUCUCCCCACACUUUUACAGUCUGCUGUGAUUGAGAAGCAGUACAGUUACACUGAGUGUCAUGACGAUUGCGAAUCCCUCUGUUUAUUUGACUGUUGCAAAACAGUUUGUAACACUUUGGUUUCAGUUCGGAGAGCAAAAGUCAUGACCUACUGGUGUGCCACAGAUAAGUUUAAUCGCUCAGUGUACCUCUUCGGUGGUUUGUACAGUCCAAAUGUUGAGAAUCCAUUAACCAGGUCUAAAAGUUGUCCACCUAAUUUUUCCCCGCGGACAUUUCUGUCCAAUGGUUUUAAGAUUUGUCUGAGUAAUGGUUAUGGAAUGGCUUCUUCAUAUUCUGUGCCUUUUGGAGGCUUUUUCAGCUGCAUGGCUUCCAAUCCCCUGGCUUCAUCUGAUUCUCGCUGCCCACCACAGUUCAGCCAACACCUCGUCACGAUAGACGACGGGUGCCAAAUUCUGUACUGUGUGAAGUCUGGAGCAUUUACAGGUGGGCAGCUGAAACCCAUCAACUUGCCUCCGUUCACUCACCCAGAAUUGAUCAGAAAGGUUGAUAACAAGACAAUGAUUAUGGUAACUGAGGGAGAUCAGGUGUGGCUUCGGAGAGGAAAUUCAAAUUCAUGGCACCGGGCCGAGUCAUGGGAGGUAGCUAAAUAUGUGAGACAGCUUCACACUUCAGAAGGAGGGCAGAUCACUGCAGGAUUUCUUGUCACGUUUCCAAUCAUCCUAGCUAUUGGAGAGAGGACACACAUCUUUGUGAACAAGAAUCUAAAGCAGGCUGAGGCACAGACGUACUGCCAGCGGCACCAUGACACCCUGUCUUCCAUCCUCACCCAAGAUGACCACCAGAAACUCCAGAGCCUGAACCACACAGGGCCUUCCUGGAUUGGGCUCUCUCGGGGUCUGGACUGGACAUGGACCGACGGCAGCAAGCCAACCUUCUACAACUGGCGCCGGUUGGAAAUGUGUGCUGUGGUGACCACAGACAGGCUGUGGGAGAGUGAGGACUGCAGUAAAGGACUACCGUCUAUCUGCCAGACCAAUCAGGGACAACACAACCCUGUCCAGCAGGAAAAGACAUGGGAGGAGGCCAAGACUCACUGUGAAGACAGAGGCCACAAACUGGCUACCUUCAAAAGCGCGUCCGCCAAACCCAGUCAGUGGCCAGACAACCCGCACUGGAUCGGACUGAGGAGACGGGAUGCAGGCUGGAGCUGGGUGGACGAGGAUGGAGGGGGAGGCCUGAGCUACUCUAACUGGAAGACUCUACGGUUCUGCGGACUGAUGCAUCCUGAUGGAGAAUGGAGAGAUGAGAUGUGUCAUGAAAAAUACCCGUUUGUGUGUGCGGACGGUGCGGACGAGCAGUCAUACCACCUGAACACACCGCGUCUCAGCUGGCAUGAGGCCAAGCAGGAGUGUCAGAAGAAAAGCAUGCAUCUGGUCACCAUCCACGACGCCAGUCAAAACACCAUUCUCCGAAACAAGUUUAAUGACGAGUUCUGGAUCGGUCUGUCCAUCAAUUCCUGGAAGUGGCCCGAUGGCUGCAGCGCUGAGCUCCAAUACUGGGGUGACAAGGAGCCCAACGGUCUGACAAGAGGCGAGACAUGUGUACUGAUGAGAAAUGGACAGUGGAACGACGUGAUAUGCUCUCAGUCUCAUCCCUUCUUCUGCUUGAUGAGGCCCCAGGAGAAGUUGAAGGUGCUUAGAGCGCCCUCUGGGUGGGAGGAGGCUCUACUGCACUGCCGGGGGCUGGGGGGGGACCUGGCCAGCAUCGGGAACCGUGACAACCAGAUGCUCAUCCAGCAGGUGGUCCACGCUGCCGUGACGACGCAUGUGUGGGUGGGGCUGCGUUUCCUGGCGGGGGAGUGGCUUUGGCUGAGUGGCGAGGGUCCGGAGUACCAACACUGGGCACCGGCAACGGGGCAGGAGAUUUGCCCCCUUCAUCACUGUGGGGCAAUAGAACGCAACACGGGCCACUGGGUGCCCAGGGGCUGUGAGGAGGAGCUAGACUUCCUGUGCCAGCUGCCCUGA